AUGAGGCCAGCAUCCUGGGGCAGCGAGAAGCACAGCCACCUCCGGGCCCCACACAGCCCCCUGCCCUCCCGACCUCCGUGUGACACCAGACGGGACCAGGCCUCUCAGAGAGAGAUCCACCCCUCCACCGGGGAUGGGGGACCUGAGCCUGGCUCGCCCACCACGGGGGCGGGGCCUGGGCAGACUGCAGCUGCAUGGGAGGCCAGGCCCCUUCUCACGGGGCUCGCGGGGGCAGGGAGAGAGGGCAAUGCCCCUUCUUCCCAAGAACUCGGUGGGAAGAGCCGGGGGACAGAGUGUGGGUCAGGCUCCCCGCCCCAGCCGCUCACCAGCCUCGUGAGCCUGGGUGCAUUUCUUAUCGCCUCCGAAGCCUUGGUCUUUUCACCUGUAACAGGGCACCCACCAGACUACCCCAGACGGGGACUUAGACAGCAGAUCUCCAUUUUCUCAAAGGUCCAGAGGCUGGACGUCCAAGAGCAGGGUGUCGCAGGGCUGGUCCCGGGACUCGCAGAUGGCUGCCUCCUCCGCGGGUCCUCAGGGUUCUCCGCGCGUCCUCAUGGGUCCUCCCGGGGCCCUCAGGGGUCCUCCGCGGGUCCCCAGGGGUCCUCCCCAGGUCUUCGGGGUCCUCUGCGCGUCCUCAUGGGUCCUCCCCGGGCCCUCAGGGGUCCUCCGCGGGUCCCCAGGGGUCCUCCCCAGGUCCCCAGUGGUCCUCACCGGGUCCCCAGGGGUCCUCCCCAGGUCCCCAGGGGUCCUCCGCGGGUCCCCAGGGGUCCUCCCCAGGUCUUCGGGGUCCUCUGCGCGUCCUCAUGGGUCCUCCCCGGGCCCUCAGGGGUCCUCCGCGGGUCCCCAGGGGUCCUCCCCAGGUCCCCAGUGGUCCUCACCGGGUCCCCAGGGGUCCUCCCCAGGUCCCCAGGGGUCCUCCGCGGGUCCCCAGGGGUCCUCCCCAGGUCCUCAGUGGUCCUCACCGGGUCCCCAGGGGUCCUCCCCAGGUCCCCAGUGGUCCUCACCGGGUCCCCAGGGGUCCUCCCCAGGUCCCCAGUGGUCCUCCGCGGGUCCCCAGGGGUCCUCCCCAGGUCCCCAGUGGUCCUCCGCGGGUCCCCAGGGGUCCUCCCCGGGCCCUCAGGGGUCCUCCGCGGGUCCCCAGGGGUCCUCCCCAGGUCCCCAGUGGUCCUCCGCGGGUCCCCAGGGGUCCUCCCCGGGCCCUCAGGGGUCCUCCGCGGGUCCCCAGGGGUCCUCCCCAGGUCCCCAGUGGUCCUCACCGGGUCCCCAGGGGUCCUCCCCAGGUCCUCAGUGGUCCUCACCGGGUCCCCAGGGGUCCUCCCCAGGUCCUCAGUGGUCCUCACCGGGUCCCCAGGGUCCUCACCGGGUCCCCAGGGUCCUCCCCGGGUCCCCAGGGGUCCUCCCCAGGUCCCCAGUGGUCCUCCCCGGGUCCCCAGGGUCCUCCCCAGGUCCCCAGUGGUCCUCACCGGGUCCCCAGGGUCCUCCCCAGGUCCCCAGUGGUCCUCCCCGGGUCCCCAGGGUCCUCACCGGGUCCCCAGGGGUCCUCCCCGGGUCCCCAGUGGUCCUCACCGGGUCCCCAGGGUCCUCCCCGGGUCCCCAGGGUCCUCCCCAGGUCACCAGGGUCCUCCCCGGGUCCCCAGUGGUCCUCACCGGGUCCCCAGGGGUCCUCCCCAGGUCCCCAGUGGUCCUCACCGGGUCCCCAGGGGUCCUCCCCAGGUCCUCAGUGGUCCUCCCCGGGUCCCCAGGGUCCUCCCCGGGUCCCCAGGGGUCCUCCCCAGGUCCCCAGUGGUCCUCACCGGGUCCCCAGGGGUCCUCCCCAGGUCCUCAGUGGUCCUCCCCGGGUCCCCAGGGUCCUCCCCGGGUCCCCAGGGUCCUCCGCGGGUCCCCAGGGUCCUCCCCGGGUCCCCAGGGGUCCUCCCCAGGUCCCCAGUGGUCCUCACCGGGUCCCCAGGGGUCCUCCCUAGGUCCCCAGGGUCCUCCCCGGGUCCCCAGGGGUCCUCCCCAGGUCCUCAGUGGUCCUCCCCGGGUCCCCAGGGUCCUCCCCGGGUCCCCAGGGUCCUCCGCGGGUCCCCAGGGUCCUCCCCGGGUCCCCAGGGGUCCUCCCCAGGUCCCCAGUGGUCCUCACCGGGUCCCCAGGGGUCCUCCCCAGGUCCCCAGGGUCCUCCCCGGGUCCCCAGGGUCCUCCGCGGGUCCCCAGGGUCCUCCCCGGGUCCCCAGGGGUCCUCCCCAGGUCCCCAGUGGUCCUCACCGGGUCCCCAGGGUCCUCCCCGGGUCCCCAGGGUCCUCCGCGGGUCCCCAGGGUCCUCCCCGGGUCCCCAGUGGUCCUCCCCGGGUCCCCAGGGUCCUCCCCGGGUCCCCAGUGGUCCUCCCCGGGUCCCCAGGGUCCUCCGCGGGUCCCCAGGGUCCUCCCCGGGCCCUCAUGGGUCCUCCCGGGGCCCUCAGGGGUCCUCCGCGGGUCCCCAGGGUCCUCCCCAGGUCCCCAGUGGUCCUCCCCAGGUCCCCAGGGUCCUCCCCGGGUCCCCAGUGGUCCUCCCCGGGUCCCCAGGGUCCUCCCCGGGUCCCCAGGGUCCUCCCCCUCCCGGGGGAGCACAGGCCCCGCCCCCGGGGAAUGGGGGUGGUCCCAGGGCUUGGAGCGUGGGCUGGCGGGCACAGCCCGGCCUUAGCGCGAGUGGGGUACGCAGCAAAGCCCUGCACUUCCUGGACGGGGAAACUGAGUCACGGGGAAGCCGUCACUGCAGCAGGGGCUGGGGUGCACCGGGGCUGCGGGCCCCACCUGUGUGUCCCGAGCUCCUGGCCGCCCGGCCCCGGGGCGGGAGAGGAGAUGGGCCCGGCCUGGGCAAGGGAAGGAUCCCCGGGCCCCGCCUGCAGCCCCGCCCCCGGACCCGUCCCCGAGCUGCAGCCUCCUGA